AUGUCUACAACUAUCAAAAAAAAAGUUUUUAACUAAAAUCAAAUUCUCAAUUAAUUAAGAAGCUUUAGUGGUAAAGUUAAAGAAAUAGAUGAAGUCAUCACUUUGUAUGAAUAAGGCAUGACUUACUUUAACAAUUAAUCUAAAAAAUUUUUUUAGUUUGGAGCCAAUGAAAUUAUAUAGAGAGAUGAUUACAGAUUAGAACUUGAUUCAAAUGAAAACUAUUUUAACAAAAGUCCUUCAAUGAGUUAAGACAUGUAUGAUACCCAAAACCAAUUAUAGGAAAGAUCAAAGUCAUUAAGUUAAAACUAUUAAAAAAAAGAUAGCACACCUCCUUAGCAGUAUUAAUAAUAAAAUCCAGGAUCAUAGAAUACUAUUUUCUAGUUAAAAUAAAAAGUAAAAUAAUUAGAAUAGUAAGGCAAUUAGCUAAGAGAGCAAAAUGAAUGUCUAUCUGCUGAUCUAAAAGUUAAAUCCCACGAUCUUGAGGAGUUAAAAAACUAAUUAGAUAUUUUAGUAGAGCAAAAUUCUAAGCAAAAGCAAAAUAUUUAUGAAAAAGAUGAUUUGAUUGCUAAGCAGGCAGCAGAAAUAAAAAAGCUUAAUGAAAUAGAAAUUAAGCAUGUAGAAGCUAUACAAACUAUAAAAGAUUAAUUAGAAAAAAAAAUAGAAUAAAUUACUAUAGUUGAAGCAGAUAGAAAUCAAUUAUUAGAAAGAUAUUUACUUGAAAAAACAUAGUUUGCAGAAAAAAUGAAUUAAUUAAAUACUUUGUAGGAAGAACUUAAUUACAAGAUGAGUAAGCUAUCAGAGGAUGAAGAAUACCUCAUUAAACGUAAAUUAAAUUUUUAAACGGAAAUUUAGAAGAGUGGUAUAAAAAUGCCUACAUUAGCACCAACUAUUGAUGAAUCAAAGAUUAAUCUUUAAUAGAGUGAAGUUCCUUCGAAACCUACUAAAGUUCUAUUAAAAUAGCAUAAAAACGAGAUAUAUUGCAUUGGUUAGUCUUUAAAUGGAUCAUUAAUUGCAUCGUGUGGUGGAGAUAAUUUUAUUAAGCUAUAUGAUCCACUUAGUAUGAAUCAGUAAGGAUAGUUACAGUCUCCAAGAGAUGAUAUAUUAUUUCUUCAUUUGAAUUUUGCUCCUUUUUCAGAGCUUAUACUAGCAGGUCUCACCGAUAAAACAAUGUAACUUUUUAAUUACUCUACAAGCAAGCUUAAAUCUACAUUCUAAGGACAUAAUGAAAGAGUUAAUGUUGUUUCAUUUACUUCAGAAAAAGAAAAAGUAGUAAGUGGUUCUACAGACAGAAGUUUGAAGAUUUGGGAUGUAAAUAAAGUUUCUUAAAUUAAAAGUAUUUUGUGUGGAUCAAUUAUGAGAGCUAUUGAUUACUUUUAAAGCGAGCCUCAUAUUGUUUCUGGUCAUAAUGAUGGUUCAAUACGUUUAUAUUCUAUUCGUGACUCUAAUAACACAAAGCCAGUGUAUAAUGUAUAGGGUGUAUUUGAAAACGGAGUUACAUGUGUUAAAAUUUCUAAUUGUCAGAAUUAUAUCUUAGCUUCAAGUGCUGAAGGGUUUACCUUAAAAGUAGUUGAUUUACGUAAAAAUUAGGUUGUCAAAACAUUUGAAAAUCAAUAGUACUUUAAUAAUCAUGAGUUUAACAAAUGUUGCUUUGGACCUGAUGAUAAGUAUAUUAUUGCAGGAAGUUCAGACAGCUCUAUUAUCAUGUUUAAUUUCAAAGAUGGUACUAAAAAAUCAGUUCUUAAAAAUUAGAAUCACUAAGGUGUUAUUGUUGCAGUGGACUAUCAUAAUGUUUCUGGUAAUUUGUAUUCUGGUGAUAGCAGAGGAAACCUACUUAUAUGGAAUUGA